CCGUCCACGUAAGCAAGAUGAGAAUGAUCGGGCCCAGCAAUAGAUCCCACGGCCAUGGUUUACAAGAUAGAACAGCCCGCGCUUUAACGGUCACAUCUUAUCUACCCACUCGUAAAGCGUAAAGCUGGGAAAGUCAAAAAUAUCCCGAGCUAGUUUCUGUUUCGCUGUUUUUCAUCAUCCCUGCACGCUUCAUCCCAACGAAAACCUUAGAAAAUAAAAAAGAAGAAAGAAAGAAUCCAAGAUUCCCAAAACCCUUUAUUUAUAUCUCUAGGAAUUCAUCUGAUUAAUUAUUUUAAAAUUUUUAUCCAAAUGGGUCUCCCUGAAACAGUCGAUUUUGCCCGGAAUUUCUCUGUUUUGGUCAGAGUCCAAGGCCCUGAUCCAAAGGGGCUGAAGAUGAGGAAACAUGCCUUUCACCAAUACCAUUCUGGCAAAACGACACUGUCAGCUUCAGGCAUGCUAUUACCUGACAUCCUUUACAACACUGAGGUGGCUAAGUGCAUUUGGGACAGUGAUAGUGGUCAGAAUUUGAUGCUAGUUAUGUCAGUUGCUUCUGUGGUUGAGCCUUUUCUUACAAUUCAACAUAGAGAAAACCUUGCCCAGGGUCUACCUGAAUUGAUUCCCGGUGCUCAGAUCGAUAUUAUGGUUGAGGAAAAUAUGGGCGUGAAUUUGGAUAAAGGAACUUGUCAUUGGUGUACAGCACGGCUACUGAAAAUGGUUGAUGUUCCUAUAUCAUCCCUUGCUCUUCAAUCCCUUGUUGAAGCUUCUUCAGGCUCACAAGAGCAUGGAUGGGAGGUCGGUUGGUCAUUGGCUUCAACUCAUCAGCCUUCAAUGAACAAUACUCAGACGCAGAUUGAGUAUGAUAACAAACUUUUAAUGGAGCGCCAGACGCUAGUGGAGGGGAAAUUGAGCAAUCCUAGUCUUAUGGCCAGAUCAACAACUAGAAUUGCUAUACUUGGAGUUAACUUGCAUUUAAAUGGUCUACCUAAAAUUGGGACAUCACCUCUGAAUAAAAGGGGAGAAUUUCUUCUGGCAAUGGGAUCUCCUUUUGGCAUCCUCUCUCCUGUGCACUUCUUUAACAGCAUCUCAGUGGGAUCUGUUGCCAACUGCUAUCCACCUAAAUCAUGUGACAGAGCAUUGCUGUUGGCUGACAUUCGAUGUCUCCCUGGAAUGGAGGGUGGUCCAGUUUUUGGUGAUCAAAACACACUAGUUGGUAUCUUGAUUAGACCCUUGAGGCAAAAGAACAGUGAUGCUGAGAUUCAGCUAGUGAUUCCGUGGGAAGCCAUUGCAAGUGCUUGCAGUGACUUGCUGCUGAAGGAGCCACAAAUUGCAGAAAAGGGGAUUCAUAUUAACAAGGGAAACUUAAAUGCUGUAGGGAAUGGAUUAUUGUCUAACAGAAAUGGUUCAAAUGGACUCUGCUGUUACAAUUAUGAUCAUCCUAACUCAUGUUGCCCUGCACUAUUAUCGAUUGAGAAGGCAAUGGCUUCUAUAUGUCUUAUUACCAUUGACGAUGGUGUAUGGGCAUCAGGUGUUGUGCUCAAUGAUCAAGGCCUAAUACUCACAAAUGCUCACCUAUUGGAACCAUGGCGAUUUGGGACAACUGUAAGAAGUGGGACUAAAAACGGGGUGACAUUCUUCCCACCUGAAGAAUCUGCAUCUCCUGAUGGUGAAGGAUUUGACAGGUACCAGAAAAAUAGCAUGCAACCAUUUCCACUGAAGAUUGUCAAUUCUUCUGUGGCUGAUGAGCAGAAAAGAUACAAGCUGGAGUCACUUUACCAUGGCCAUAGAAGUGUACAUGUUCGACUUGAUCAUCUGGAGCCUUGGAUUUGGUGUGAGGCAAAGGUAUUAUAUAUUUGCAAGGGACCUCUGGAUGUUGCACUGCUCCAACUGGAUUGUAUUCCUGAUAAACUUAGCCCCAUUAUGGUGGAUUUUGCUCAACCAUCCUUAGGAUCAAAUGCAUAUGUUAUUGGACAUGGACUACUGGCACCAAGAUGUGGCUUCUCCCCUUCUGUUUGCUCUGGAGUGGUAGCAAAAGUAGUGAAAGCAGAGACUCCCUUAUAUUAUAAAUCUGCUCUACCAGGGGUAUCACAAUUUCCAGCAAUGCUUGAAACAACUGCUGCUGUUCAUCCUGGUGGAAGUGGUGGUGCUGUUGUCAAUUCUGAUGGUCGUUUGAUUGGACUUGUUACAAGCAAUGCCAGGCAUGGUGGAGGGACAGUUAUACCCCAUUUGAACUUUAGCAUUCCAAGUGCAGUUUUGAUGCCUAUCUUUCAGUUUGCAAGAGACAUGAAAGACUUUUCGCCUCUGCAAAAUCUUGACCUUCCAAAUGAACACCUUUCUUCAGUAUGGGCAUUGAUGCCUCCAUUAUCUCCCAAGCCAGGGCCUCUGCCUAAUCUUCCACAGCCGCUACCAGAAGAUAACAACAACAAAGAGGGGAAGGGUUCUCGGUUUGCUAAAUUCAUAGCUGAAAGGAGCAAAUUGUUGAAGAGUUCAGCUCAAUCUGGCAAAGUGGAAAGACUCCCCAAUGAGAUUCUUCCUAGUAAGUUAUGACCUUUGGCAUUUUUCUUGUGCUGUAUCAAAAAAAGAUUAUCCCCCAGAAUAUGCAGCAUCAAGUUCCAAACACCCAUGUUAUGAUGACUCCCGUUUGCCUGAAUUGGCUUUGUGGAUCAUAUAAACAAUGGGUUUUGGGGGAAGUACCGAGAAAUCCACUCAUUUGUAAAUUUCAUUUGUCAAUGUUAUUAAAAUAAAAUUAAGUAAAAUAGUUGUGUUUAUUAAGGGUCUUUUCGAAUUUCAUUUCUUCCUGUAAUGUUUGGAUUAACAGCAUUCGACAUGGAAUAAUAUUAAGCCAUGUUUGCCUGACCCAACAAAGUAAUAAGAUUUGUAUUUUCUUUCAUAUUUCAAUUGAAUCUUUGGUUAGUGAUGUUGCUAAGCUUGAACUUGAACAUUAACAUUUACCAGUUCAUUGAACAGUGUUUGCUAGAGACAGCGAAUCUAUUUACGGGUUGCUUUGAUUUGAGGUUGUUAGGCUCAUCAUGCCCGUGAAGCCUAAUUUAUCUCUUCUGAAGAAAAUGAGGACUGGCAGACAGACAGACAUGUGGGUGAAGGUGAUUAGUUGAGAUGGAAGUUAAAAUUAGAAAGUGCACAAUUUGGCAUAUUGUUAACAACUUACUUUUAUUAAAUUAGAAAAAGAUUCGUCAAGUAUUACAUU